AUGAAUCGUGAAAAGUUGAUGAAGAUGGCCGGUUCAGUUAGAACUGGUGGAAAGGGUACUGUCAGAAGAAAGAAGAAGGCUGUCCACAAGACAACAACUACAGAUGACAAAAGGCUUCAGAGCACCCUGAAGAGAAUUGGUGUGAAUGCCAUCCCUCAAAUUGAGGAGGUCAAUAUCUUUAAGGAUGAUGUUGUCAUCCAGUUCUUAAGCCCCAAAGUUCAAGCAUCUAUUGCUGCUAAUACAUGGGUUGUUAGUGGUGCUCCUCAAACCAAGAAGUUACAGGACAUACUUCCUAGCAUUAUCCACCAAUUAGGGCCAGAUAAUUUGGAAAACCUGAAGAAGUUAGCUGAGCAGUUCAAUAAGCAGGUUCCUGAAGCAGGUGCUGGCACAGCCACAGCACAAGAAGAGAAUGAUGAUGAUGAUGUUCCAGAGCUUGUCCCAGGAGAGACUUUUGAGACAGCUGCUGAGGAGGCUAAGGAUAGUUAG